UCACUCCAAGUCUUCUGUUCCACGAGCGAUACCUCCGAAUCCCAGGCAAAAAUUCCUCCAGAAAGCAAAACGGGACGACUGUGUCUGAGACAGGAAUACUAGCGAGUCGGAUUUCAGAGAAACCUUGUAAAAAGACAGGAAUCUCGCAAUUUUCAAGGGAGCAGGUCUACAGAGGAGGGCCAUGCAGUCCUGAGAGCAGACCCUCUCUCAGAUCCCCCCUCUUUCCCCGGAUCUUCAUCCUCCUCUUCAUCGUCCUCGUCCUCACCAUCGGCUCCGUCAUGAACCACACCCCCAGCCCCCACCUGUCCGAGGCCUCCAAGUCGGGGGGUUCAGGCCUGCUGUGUGGCCUGGGACUGGGCCCUGACCGGGGGGUCCGUUCCCCAGACAGCCUGACCCACACCCCCAGCCCCACGGGGGGCACCCCCAGCUCCAGCCCCCCCCUGCUGCUGUCCCCGGGGCUGGGCCUGGGCCUGGGGGAGGCGGGGGGAGACUGGGAGAGCAGAGAGGAGCUCAGGCUGAGGGAGCUGGAGGAGGCCAGGGCCAGGGCGGCCCAGAUGGAGAAGACCAUGAGGUGGUGGUCGGACUGCACCGCUAACUGGAGGGAGAAGUGGAGCAAGGUGCGUUCGGAGCGCAACCGUGCCCGUGACGAGGUGCGCCAGCUCCGCCAGCGGCUGGACGCCAUGACCAAGGAGCUGACGGGCGCACGGCGAGAGCGACAGGAACUGGCCUCCGAGAACGAGACCCUCCGACAGGACGCGCUGCGUCUCCGUGCCGACCAGUCCGCCUCCUCCCCCUCCCACGCCCUCCCCGUGCCCUCUUCGACCCCGCCUUCUCCGUCCUCCUCCUCCUCACAGCCCGCUGCGGACAGUACACAGGACAGGGUGGGGCUUACGGAGGGGGAGGGGCCUGGCAGGGUGGGGGAGGGGCCUGGCUCACCGGAACAGGAGCCAGUGAGAGACGUGGGGACAGACAAACUAGACAGACAAAAGGAUUUGGAGUUGUUAGAGUCAGUGUUGCGGUCCAAGGGGGAGGGUCCAGACUCGUGGGACGCCCGCAGCGCCAACAGCCUGCGCUCGCCGCUGAGUCGUCAGGACCGGAGUCGUUUGCUCUGGGACGACAUCAGCACGCUGGAGGAAGACUCCGGAAAGCUCAACGCUCUUCAGCUACGCCUCGACGAAUCACAGAAGGUCCUGCUGAAGGAGCGAGAAGAUAAACAUGCCCUCAUUAAGAACAUAGAGAAGCUGGAGGCAGAGCUGAGCCAGUGGAAGCUCAAAUAUGAAGAGCUAAACAAGACCAAGCAGGAGACACUUAAACAGGUGAACCUGCUGAAGGAGAUGCACCAGGACGAGCUGGGCCGGAUGUGUGAGGACCUGGAGGACGAGCUGGGGGCCAGAACCAACAUGGACAAGAAGCUGGCCGAGCUCCGGGCUGAGAUGGAGCGUCUGCAGGUGGAGAACGCGGCGGAGUGGGGCCGGCGGGAGCGUCUGGAGACGGACAAGCUGGCGCUGGAGCGCGACAACAAGAAGCUGCGUGCGCAGGCCGAGGACCUGGAGGAACAGCUGGCGCGCAAACGCCGCCAGGCCGCCAGCGCCCUCGACACCGACCUCAAGACCAUCCAGACGGAGCUGUUUGAGAGGAACAAGGAGCUGGCAGACAUGCGGCAUGUGCAGGCCAAGCUGAAGAAGCAGUACCAGGAGAAGACAACAGAGCUGGCACAUGCCAACCGCCGCGUGGAGCAGCACGAGGCCGAGGUGAAGAAGCUCCGCCUGAGGGUGGAGGAGCUGAAGAAGGAGCUGGGGCAGGCCGAGGACGAGCUGGAUGAGGCCCUCAACCAGACCAGGAAGCUGCAGAGAUCUCUGGAUGAGCAGGUGGAACAGUCAGAGAACCUCCAGGUCCAACUGGAGCACCUGCAGUCCAGACUGCGUCGGCAGCACAACCCAGGUCUGUUUGGGAAGAUGAGGUCGGCCCGCUUCAGCCCCGAUCACCCAGACGGCCCGGCCAGCGACCCAGAGGAGGAGGAGGAGGAGCUGCAGAUACAGAUCCCCUGAGACACAGGCACACACGCACCCACACACACUCAUAUUCUCCCUCUUUCUCUCCUCUCCUCCCUUUCUCCUCCAAACACACAGAGCUCUGUCAGAUUUAUUGACAGAUAGGUCUCUCCUCUGUCCAUGCCUCCCCCAUCCCCCCUCACCCCCUCCUUGUCCCUGUCUCCUCCCCACUGCCCACCUAUCACACUUACCCCUGUCCUCCCUCACCUAUUCUGCCCACUGCCCCUCACCCCCAGCAGCCCCAUGUCUCCCCCCCCCCCAUGUCGGAGAGAAUGAGGGUGGCAGGCUGUAGCACCACCUCGUAGCACACACACACACCUACAUACAGACACAAGGGGACCAAGCAGUUUCUACCGGUCAUCACAUAUUUAUGUUAUUGUUAUUGUUCUGUUUUUAUAAUUGAUCUGUACCACAGUGUUUUUGUUUUUGUAUUUAGCUUAAAUAAAUGUUACUAAAAUGUUAUAUAAA